UGAGUGCUCAUCAGACUCCUGGCAGUGGGGUGGUGAGCUAAGAAGUGUCGGCAGGCAGGUGCCACUUCUCAAACUGGCCUCCCGGGACUCAGGAGUAGAGAUGGCAGUUGGGGACAGCCUCCUGGCCACUUUACCAGGCCUUUCUCAGGACUCUCUGGACUUUGAGCCCCUGGGGAGCCCUGAGCUCCCCACCCAGCAAGGUCGGUUCUUGGCCAGCCACAAACUGGAGCAGAUGCUGGAGCGGUCACACCGGCUCCCCACAGGGCCAGCCAGCUUGUCAGGACGCCGCAGCCCCUUCCAGCCACCAAGCAAGCCUGAGUGUGAAGUUCCCCUUUAUGGAGCAGGGAAACAAGAGUCCAGUGAGGUACACGUAGAUGGCGAGGCCAGCCUGGAAGCGACAGAGGUGGUGGAGGGCCCGGGGCCUGAAGCCUGGACCUGCCUCCCAGGGCAGGGUCUUCGAUACCUCGAGCACCUGUGCCUGGUGCUGGAGCAGAUGGCAAGGCUCCAGCAGCUCUACCUGCAGCUGCAGUCCCAGAGGCCCCCUGGGGACCCUGAAGAGGAGGAGUUGGCUGUGGCCCCUUCACCUUCACCCUCACAAACCUCCAGCAAUCAGGUGCAGAGGCCAUGGGAACUACGAAGCCAGACAGAGGAGUCAGGGACAAAGGCAGCUUCACCCCCCAAAGUGGGGAUGCCCAACACUAGUCAUCCCAAGUUGGCAGAGGCCCCAGUGGAGCCAACUCAUAACUUUCCAUGCUCCCAGGGACACAAGGAUGUCUCCCACUGGGACAAAGUCAAGGUCCUACUCAACCGAAUCCGCUGGAGGAGCCAUCAACAGCCUGAGCCCCCUGCCCCUCCUGGUAGUUCUGGCCUCUGGAUUGAGCCCAGGAACCACCUCCCUGAUAGGCCUCAGAGCUGCAUCCACCGGAAAACCUUUAUGCCAUCAUUAGUGGUUAAGAAGCAACGAGCAAAAAACCUUUCUGUAUGCUGAGACUUCUCGAUGCAGCAGGACAGGAUCUUUCUCCUCACAACAGAUCGGCAGAGAAGGCCUGGUUCCCUGAGAGGCCCCAAGAUCUGGCAGCUCCAGGGCUCCUCUUUGCCAGAAUCUCUGGGCCUAGACAAUGUGAACUAACUUAUCAGGCAUCCAUAGCAUGUAUUUGGCAUGGUCUAGGCCCAGUACAUUGCAGACGGGUAUUUAUGAACAAUGAGAUGUAUCUCUCUAUGGGACUGUCAGUGUUGUGAACUUUUAGAUCCAAUCAUCUCUGGAAUCAUGCACCCAAAUGUUGGUCUUUUGCAUGAGGUAAUUGCCAAAGGAUGGAAGUGACCUCUGUUCCACAGUGGGCUGUUCCUGAACUUCCUCCUCAUGGCCACGCUGGCAGCCCUGGGGAUAGAGGAUGGUGCUGCGUUGACUGCCUCUGCAUGGAGUUUUGCCCCCACUGGAGCAGAACCCCUGGAAGACUGUGCCAGGAAUGGGGAAGAUUGGGGACAACAUUCGGAACAGCAGAGUAACCUUCAAAGUCUGUCCUCAGCUGCUCUGCUCCAUACUAACUUGUACAUGUCAGAACUGAAACCAGAAGCUCAUACCACUUUUUAGGCUUGACAAAGUCCCACCUUUCCUGAGCCACAGCUUCCCAUAUGGAAUAAUGAUUUUGCCUUACCUACCUCACAGGCUUGUUAUGAGGAUGGAAUGAGA